AUGGGCGAUGAGCCCGAACGAACUGACUCCGCCGUCCGCCGUGGACGAGAUACUGAGUUCCAGCUGCGAAAUGCGCCGAGGCAUUACAUCGACCAGAGUGUGCAGUAUCUCCUCCUCGGUGUCAUCCUCGGUGCGCUUGGCUUCAUCAUCGCGGUUAUCCCAAUGAUCAUCAGAGGCUUCACCGGCACGAUUGGGGCGACAAAUCUGCGAACGAGCUUCCUUCCAGCCACUGUCUCGGAGUUGGUUUCCCAGUGGGACAGCGUCGAGGCCCGGAUCUUCUUUGGUUUCGAGCUCAUGGCUGCUUUGUGCAUCCUGCUGUCCUGGUACCCCUACAAGCUGCGAAAUGCGAGCUGUAUCCCGGCAGAGGGCGGCUGCUACAUUUAUUGCUGCGGAAAGUGCUGCAGCAUGUCUUGGGCAGCUGCGCGCCAGUUCUUCCCACCUGUUGGCCUUAUGCUGGUGGCCUGCGUACCUUCAGUCAAGGAGGAUGAAUGGAGUGCUGACAAGCUUGUCCUGGUGGUGGUUCACUGUGUCUCCGCGCUGCUUAUGUUCAGCAGCUUCCUACUGGCAGAAGCGCAUGCGUUGUCGCUAAAGCCCUUCCGAUGCGCAGUUCAGACUCUUGCUGCCGGCUCUCUUGAGUACAAGCUGCGCUAUGGAACCUGGCUGCUGGCAGCGCUGCCCUAUGUUGUUUUCACCAUGAUCGCCGUGGUGGAUUUCCUUACCGACCUGCAUCCGUAUGUGAAGAUCACAUCCUUCGUUCUGGAGGUGGAUGCAGGGUUGGCGAUGCUGGCGAACCAUUUCGUCAUCUGGGCGUUUGCGCCGGAGCGAACAUGGAGCCGGAGGGAGGUCGAAAUGUCUCUGACACGUGUCUGA